GUGCAGGCAAAGGUACAUAUAUGCAAAUUAUACACAUCACAGCCGAUAACUUGCUGCCUGCCUAUCGUAAUUUUGACCGCACUAAAAGGCUCAAAGAUUCUGCACGUGGAAAACAUCGGAAACCCGUUUAUUCCCACAGAAAAUCAAAACUGACCACGUCUGCACAUUCCACAAUGAGCAAAGUAACCUUCAAAAUCACGUUAACUUCGGACCCCAAGCUGCCCUUUAAGGUGCUCAGUGUUCCGGAAGGAACUCCCUUUACGGCUGUGCUGAAAUUCGCCUCUGAGGAGUUCAAGGUUCCGGCGGAGACGAGUGCCAUCAUCACGGACGAUGGAAUUGGCAUCAGCCCACAGCAGACUGCUGGCAAUGUGUUCCUAAAGCACGGAUCCGAGUUGCGGCUCAUUCCCAGAGAUCGUGUGGGUCACCAACUAAGCUAGUUUCCCUAAACCUUUUCUGAAUACCCUUUGAGAUUUCCCCCAUUUUGAUGCAUAUUAAAUGUUAACCAAUGUACCCGAUAGUAA